AUGACUACCUUGCACUACCUCCCCCCCGUGAAGCCCUCGGCCAUCGCCCUGGGUACGUUCUUCACCCACACAGCUUCCCUGGGCAUUCUGGCCCCAGUCUUCGGUGACACCUACCACCGCGCCCAGGCCGCCAACUCGAAAGAGGAGUUCAUCAAGUCUAAGGAGGCUGCCGGUGCCGCCGCCGCAUGGGGAAGCUCCCUCGUCGGUAGUGCCGUCCAGACCUACGGUGUCGCUGCCCUGAUCAACGCCACCGGCACCCUGAGCUACAAGGGCGCCGCAUACCUCGGAACGCUGAUCUUCUUCGCCAGCUCUGCUCCCGGUUUUGUCAGCCAGAUCUUCGCCGAGAAGAGGCCUAUUGACACCGUUGCUGUCGGUGCGGUAUCUCGCGUGUUCGAGACCGUUGGCCUCAGCUUGUUCCUCACCUGGUGGGGAACUCGCACCAACCCGUUCGAUUAG